AUGUUGAACAAAAAAAUCGUCGUACUUGGCGCGGGUGUUUCGGGCCUAUCUACCGCAACAUUUUUAUUAAAACAAGAAAAAGACAUUAAAGUUCACAUAAUUGCAAAUAUUUUUCCAAAUGACCCGGAGGCUUCAUCUAACGAAUAUACGAGCACCGUUGCCGGCGCACAUUGGAGAAGUCAUGCUGAAAAUAAUAUCAGACAACAAGGAUUUGAUAAAUCAACUUAUAUAUAUUUAUGGAAACUUGCUGAACAAACUACGUCGGAUAUAACUGGAGUUAUGAUUAUUGAUGAAUUCGAAUAUUGGGAAAAACUUCCGAACGAUUUCGUUGAGCCGUGGUACAGUACAUUGUGUCACGGGUAUCGACAUUUAAAAAAAGAUGAAUUACCAGAUGGUGUCGAUUUUGGAAUUACCUACAAAUCAAGCGGCACCACGGAACGUGCCAAUAAAACUGAUAUAAAUGAUUGCAUUAAAGAAGACACUGAUAUUGUGAUCAAUUGUUCAGGCCUUUAUUCAAGUAAAUUAGGUGGCGUUAAAGAUGAAAAUCUUUAUCCAGUGAGGGGCCAAUCAGUGACAGUGAAGUUGUCUCAAUCAUGUUUGAAAUGGGCAUGCUUUCGACGAGGUUACAAUGGAAAUCCAAAAACUGUCACCUACAUAAUACCGCGCGAAAAUGGUAAUGUGAUUUUUGGAGGAACUCUCGAAGAAAAUAAUCACUCUACAAAGAUUGAUUAUGAUGUAGCUGGAGAAAUUAUUCAACGAUGUCUUGCAACUCGUCCAGAUAUAUUACCAAGAGAUAAAACUGAACUAACAAUUGUUGGUCAUCGAGCUGGCCUGCGACCUUGUCGUAAGGAUGGUGUAAGAAUUGAGGCUGAAUGGAUAGAUUGUAAACAAUAUAAUAAACAAGUUCUAAUUUGUCAUAAUUACGGUCAUGGAGGUUCUGGGUAUGAAUCAAGUUAUGGUACCGCACAGGAAGCGAUAGAAGUCAUUAAAGAAAAACUCAAAAAUUAA